AUGCCGCUGAUACUGAAACUCAAUGGCCUUUUUAAUACAUUUGGUGCAAGUUCAUCUGUCAUCAUUCGUGUUCUAACAGAGGAUGGAUGCGUGGUGAAUCAGGUGGUUCGAGAGAAUCAAGUUAUUGUCGUGGUGGGCGAAACUGGCUCAGGGAAGACAACUCAGCUCACGCAGGUUUUACCUUGAAUAAAACAUCCGUGUGCCUGAUGAUGCCUACUCUUGAAUGAUCCUGCUUCUCUAACUAGCUUUCUCGACACAGUAUCUGCAUGAAGAUGUGUAUACCAAAGGUGCCAUCAUCGGCUGCACACAGCCGCGGCGUGUGGCGGCCAUGAGUGUGGCGAAGCGUGUCAGCGAAGAAAUGGAGACGGACUUGGGGGAUAAAGUGGGUUAUGCCAUUCGUUUCGAGGAUGUCACCAGCCCAAAUACAGUAAUCAAGGUAUGAUCAAUAUAUACUUUAAUCGAUUUCUAUUUUUUUCUUUCUAUGGAUGUCAUGCUUGUUUGAUUAGCAUCCUUGUACCAUAAUUUCUCACCUAAAUUCAUUUAUUCGUACUUAUUUUAAUUCGAUUCAUGAACUUCAACGGAAUCACCAACACCACCGCCAUCCCUCAUUUGUUGCACAAAUAAUUUCAUAUAUUCGAGUUCUAUUUUUUGUAUUUUUUUCUGUUUUCAGUAAUCUGGAUGGGAUGCUUGUUUGAUUACCAUUCUUGGAUGAAUCGUAGUUGCACACCUGAAUUCAUUUAUUCUUAUUUCUUAGCUUAUUCGGAUGAUCUGAUUUUAUCUUGUAAAUGGCAGUACAUGACUGACGGGGUCCUCUUGAGGGAGACGUUGAAGGAUGCUGACCUCGACAAGUACCGGUAUGCUCCCUCUGACUCUUCCCAGUAUUUUAUUUUUUUUGGUAUCUUCUGUACUUUAGAUCUUUUCAAUCUGAUGGAUGAUGGAAGUCGAAGUUUUUCAGAUCUGACUAGGGUUUGUUAGAUUGCCCUAUUAGAUUCUUUUAUGCCCAUCUAGCUCUGAUUCUAUCCUACUUUAGGAAAGCUUGGAAUGGGUGUGGAUCUCUCAUUGUUUAUUUGUUUCUGAAAAAAAUUCAGUGUCAUCAUCAUGGACGAAGCCCACGAACGAUCUCUGAGUACGGAUGUGCUCUUUGGCAUACUGAAGAAGGUUGUCUCACGGCGCCGCGAUUUCAAGCUCAUCGUGACCUCUGCAACCUUGAAUGCGGAGAAAUUUUCAAACUUCUUCGGGAGGUGUGACUCUGAUCCCUCUCUCUCUCUCUCUCUCACACACACACACACACACACACUCUAUCUUACCCUCCAGCCUACUCUCUCACUCUCUCUCAUACACACACUAUCUUACCCUCCGGCCUACUCUCUCUCUCUCUCUCUCUCUCUCUCUCUCUCUCUUUCUCUUUCUCUCUCCAUCUAUCUAUAUAUAUAUAUAUCAAGCAUCAAAUCGUUUACAAUCCCUCUGUGUCUGUCUCUCUCGACGCAGUGUGCCGAUCUUCCACAUUCCGGGGCGGACUUUCCCAGUAAACAUCCUGUACAGCCAGACGCCAUGCGAGGACUACGUGGAGGCGGCGGUGAAGCAAGCGCUGACCAUCCACCUCACCUCCCCUCCCGGGGACAUCCUCAUCUUCAUGACCGGCCAGGACGAGAUCGAGGCCAGCUGCUACGCCCUCGCCGAGCGCAUCCAGCAGCUCGUCUCCUCCUCCUCCCGCGCCGUCCCCGAGCUCUCCAUCCUCCCCAUCUACUCCCAGCUCCCCGCCGAUCUCCAAGCCAAGAUCUUCCAGCCCGCCGCCGCCGGCGCCCGCAAGUGCAUCGUCGCCACCAACAUCGCCGAGACCUCCCUCACCGUCGACGGCAUACUCUACGUCAUCGACUCUGGCUACGGCAAGAUGAAGGUCUACAACCCCCGCAUGGGCAUGGACGCCCUGCAGGUCUUCCCCGUCAGCCGCGCCGCCGCCGACCAGCGCGCCGGCCGCGCGGGCCGCACCGGCCCCGGCACCUGCUAUCGCCUCUACACCGAAUCCGCCUACCUCAACGAGAUGCUCCCCAACCCGGUCCCGGAGAUCCAGCGCACCAACCUCGGCAACGUCGUCCUGCUCCUCAAGUCGCUCCGCGUGGACAACCUCCUGGACUUCGACUUCAUGGACCCGCCGCCGCAGGAGAACAUCCUCAACUCCAUGUACCAGCUGUGGGUGCUCGGCGCGCUCAACAACGUCGGCGGGCUCACCGAGAUCGGGUGGCGGAUGGUGGAGUUCCCACUGGACCCGCCGCUGGCGAAGAUGCUGCUCAUGGGGGACCGCCUUAGGUGCACCGACGAGGUGCUCACCAUCGUCUCCAUGCUGUCGGUGCCGUCGGUGUUCUUCCGCCCCAAGGACCGCGCCGAGGAGAGCGACGCCGCGCGGGAGAAGUUCUUCGUCCCGGAGUCGGACCACCUCACCUUGCUCAACGUGUACCAGCAGUGGCGGGUUAACCAGUACCGGGGGGACUGGUGCAACGACCACUUCUUGCACGUGAAGGGGCUCCGCAAGGCCCGCGAGGUGCGCUCCCAGCUGCUGGACAUUCUGAAGACGCUGCAGAUCCCGCUGGUCUCGUGCGGCAUGGACUGGGACGUGGUGAGGAAGGCCGUCUGCUCCGCCUACUUCCACAACGCCGCCAGGCUGAAGGGCGUCGGCGAGUACGUGAACUGCCGCAACGGCACGCCGUGUCACCUGCACCCAAGCAGCGCGCUCUACGGGCUGGGGUACACGCCGGAUCACGUGGUGUACCACGAGCUGGUGCUCACCACCAAGGAGUACAUGCAGUGCGCGACGGCCGUGGAGGCGCACUGGCUGGCGGAGCUGGGCCCGAUGUUCUUCUCUGUCAAGGAGUCGGACACCUCCAUGAUCGAGCACCGCCGGCGGCAGAAGGAGGAGAAGUCGGCCAUGGAGCAGGAGAUGGAGGGCCUGCGCCGCGAGCAGGCCGAGGCCGACAAGGUCGACCGGGAGAGGGAACGCGAGAAGCGCGCCCGCCAGCAGCAGCAGGUCGCCAUGCCCGGCGCCCCCCGGCCUCCCUCUACCUAUCUCCGCCCGAAGAAGCUCGGCUUGUGAGUUCACCCACCGCCACCGCCACCGCCUCCACCACCACCAACAUCAGAGCUCUGAGGAGUUGUUGCCUAUCAUAUGCCAUUCUGGGAAGAUGUUGUGCCUGAGGUUAAGAGAUGUUGUCUUCUUGAUGUAGAUAGAUUCCAGUGAAGAAAGAAAAAACCAUGUUUUUAUGGAUCAAGUGAUAGGCUUCUGAAGAUUUUUUCUAUUUAUGGCUGAUAAUCAUUUCUUCGGAUAUUUUUGAUAAUUACUUUUUCAUCAGAAGGGUCGAAUGUUGGCAUGAUGAAAGUUUUGAUUCUUCGUGAUUUAUUGUUUAAAAGUUUUUUUGGAAACUCUUAAUUCACACAGUAAGGAUAAGGGUAUCCCUACGAUUCAAUAAUUGUGUAGAAGUCUCUGUUAGAAAAUUUUAUAUGUUACAGGGUAAAUUCUGACAUAAUAAAUAUUUGUGUGGAGAGAAAUUGCAUAAUUCAUCUGUUUGCCUGGUACACCCUUCGGUGACGUUUCUCCGUGAGUUUGAGAGGAGAGAGAGAGAGAGAGAGAGAGAGAAAGAGAGAGGGAGAUAG